AUGGUGGAAAUUGCAGUGGGCACGUUGGACAUGGAUGCUACCCUCAUCCUCGCAAAGAGCAAGGAGGUUACGGAGGGAGCCACCAUGGAAGAUAUGUCUAUCGUCGUGAGGGGCAAGUCUUUGGAGCUGGUCACGGUGGUCAUGGACGUGGUGGCUACCGCUAUCGAGCCUGGAGAUUCGCUAACCCCUUACCUUUGGUUUCUUUUCCUCUUUUCAUCUUUCGGGAACCCCCCGUGUUUCUCUCUUUCAAUGGCUGUGUUUCGCCAAGUGUUGACAAACUGCACUGUUCCUUUAAAUGUUAUCCAAUAA